AUGGCGGCCUCGGAGGCGGGCGGCGGGCACGGCGGGCAGGGCGGCCCCGGCCCGGGCGGCUUCCCGGCGGUCCCGGGGGACUGCGGCUCGGGCUCGUGGGCGCUGUGGGCGCUGUCGGCCCCGCUGAGCCCCGCGCAGCUGCGGCGGCUGGAGGAGCAUCGCUACUCGGCGGCCGGCACGUCGCUGCUCGAGCCGCUGCUGCAGCCCUUCUGGCGCUGGCUCGUGGAGCGCGUCCCGCUCUGGCUGGCGCCCAACGCCAUCACCCUGAGCGGGCUGCUGGUCAACAUGCUCAGCACGCUGCUGCUCAUCUUCUACUGCCCCACGGUCACGGAGGAGGCACCAUUAUGGAUAUUCCUAAUAUGUGGCCUGGGCCUCUUCAUCUACCAAUCACUGGAUGCCAUUGAUGGGAAACAAGCCAGAAGAACAAACAGCUGUUCUCCUUUAGGAGAACUUUUUGACCAUGGUUGUGAUUCUAUUUCCACAGUGUUUGUGGCUCUCGGAGCCUCGAUCGCCAUUCGCUUGGGAUCAGACCCCAACUGGCUGUUUUUCUGCUGUUUUGUUGGGAUGUUCAUGUUUUAUUGUGCUCAUUGGCAAACCUACGUGUCGGGAGUGCUGAGAUUUGGAAAACUGGAUGUAACUGAAGUUCAGCUAGCUAUAGUUACUGUCUUUAUUUUAACCUCAUUUGGAGGAACAUCAAUGUGGGAUUAUAUUAUCCCUGUGAUUGAAGUAAAACUGAAGCUUUUCCCCCUUCUCGGAAUAGUGGCAGGAGCAUUUUUUUCCUGUUCUAAUUACUUCCACACCAUCCUCAGUGGCGGAGUUGGCAAGAAUGGAUCCACAAUAGCAGGCACCAGUGUUCUGUCACCUGGCAUCCAUAUAGGACUAAUUAUUCUUCUGGCCAUAAUGAUCUGCAAAAAAUCUGCAACACAGCUGUUUGAAAAACAUCCCUGUCUUUAUAUUAUGAUGUUUGGGUGUGUGUAUGCCAAAGUCACACAAAAAUUGGUGGUUGCUCACAUGACCAAAAGUAAACUAAGUCUACAGGACCCUGCAUUUAUUGGGCCAGGUCUUCUGUUUUUGGACCAGUACUUCAACAAUUUUAUAGACGAAUACAUUGUUCUGUGGGUAGCAAUGUUGAUCUCUUCACUUGAUUUGCUGAGAUACUCCACUGCUGUCAUCUUGCAGAUUGCAAAUCACUUUCAUUUACAAGUCUUCAGGAUUCCAUUUCCUCAUGCACCUGAACAGGUCCAAGUUCAUUCUUCAAAGAGCCAUCAGAAUAACAUGGACUGAAGAGAUUUUCGAACACUUGCCAUUUCUUGCUGCUGCUGUUACAAGAAAGGAGAUAUUAAAGAAAUGUUUAAUAACUUUCAUAAGUGACUUUAAUAUACUAUUUGAUAAAA